AGCUUGCCUCAAGUCCACCCUCGGCACUCAAGGAUGGCAUCCAGUCCGUACGGCGCCGUGUCCAUGAUCCGCGGUCCACCUUGGCCAUGUGUUUCUGGAUCCCCAAUGUCCAAUGGAUAAGCGGUGACCUGCGCGACUGCUCCUUGUCCUCUGGGCGCUCUAAAACCGAAAUAUUCAUAUCCACAAUCCGCAUCGGACUUGGUCUGCAGACGUCCCAAGUCUUGCCUGCUGCUCGCUCUCUAUUACCUCCUAUCCUCUCAUCCUUCCUCAUCCGCACACACAAUGGCUGCCGAAACAACAUUAACGGCCGAAGAGCUAGGGCGGCAUCAGUCGCCCGAUGAUUGCUGGAUUGCGGUGCACAAAAAGGUCUGGGAUGUGACCGAGUUUUUGGAUGAGCACCCAGGCGGCUCGGAGAUCAUCCUCCAAUACGCAGGAAAAGAUGCAACGGCCGCAUAUGAUGGCAUCCACGCGCCUGGGAUGCUCGAGGAGACAUUGGCUCCGGAAAAGUUCAAGGGCACCUUCAUACCUGCCACCAGCGAUAGUGCAGCACCGGGCGCCGAGACCGAGGCGAUAGAAAUGCAACAACAAGCGCCGACCCCCACAAACACUCUAGUCCCUUACCGCAAACCAGAUCUCUACUCCAACAUCAGCGCCGAAGACUUUCGGGAUGUUGCCUCUCACACAUUUACGGCCAAGACAUGGGCCUUUUACUCGUCGGCGGCAACAGAUCUCAACACGCAUGGGUGGAACCAGUCGUUCCUGCGUCGCAUCAUGCUCCGCCCAAGGGUGCUGCGCGACGUGGCGCAAACGAGCAUGCGCCGAAAGAUCCUGGGCUACGACUCGGCCGUGCCCUUCUUCAUCAGCCCAGCCGCCAUGGCGCGCCUGGCACACCCUGACGGUGAGAUGGCGCUGGCACGGGGCGCCGCAAAGGAGGGCGUAAUCCAGUGCAUCUCAAACAACGCAUCAUACCCAUUAUCGGCCAUCGCAUCCGCUUCAGAUUCGCUGCCGGCCGACGAGCUGCACGAGCUGACGGCUAGGCCACGGCAGACCUUCUUUUUCCAACUGUACGUCAACCACGAGCGCCACAAGACGGCCGAUCUCCUCCGCAAAGCACGGGACCUGGGUAUCAAGGCCAUCUUUGUGACCGUGGACGCGCCGGUGCCCGGAAAGCGAGAGGCGGACGAGCGCAUCGCGGCCGAAGCCAUCGCGUCGGCGGUCAGCGGUGCCGUGGCCAGCAACGACAAGAAGGGUGGCGGCAUGGGCCGGCUGAUGGCGGCCUACGUCGAGAAGCGACUGAUCUGGGAGGACAUUGCCUGGAUCAAGGAGGUUUCUGGUCUGCCUGUAAUCCUCAAGGGCGUUCAGAGUGCCGAGGAUGCGAGGUUGGCCGUCAAGUACGGCUGCGAGGGCAUCAUGCUCAGCAACCACGGCGGCAGGUCACUGGACACGUCGCAGCCAGCCAUCCUGGUGCUCUUGGAGCUGCACAAGUACUGCCCGGAGGUGUUUGAUCAUCUCGAGGUUAUUGUGGAUGGUGGUUUUCAACGUGGAUCAGAUAUCCUCAAGGCCAUCUGCUUGGGGGCUACUGCAGUCGGUAUUGGGAGGCCUUUCCUUUACUCGCUUGCAUAUGGCGAGGAGGGUUGUGCGCACUUGUGUCAGAUUCUCAAGGACGAGCUUGAAGUGUCGAUGAAGCUCUGCGGUAUCAACUCUCUCGAUGAAGCACAUCCCGGUUUGGUGAACACGGCAGACAUUGAGCACCUAGUCAGGUCGGCAGAAGACCACCCGUGGAUCAAGUGGAAACCGAAGGCUCGGUUGUAAUGUGGUUGUUUGUUUACAUUGUACGGCGAUAUGGAUCCUACUUGUCACAUCUUGCCAUGGAUGGCCAGAUUUUGUUUUUCAGAACAUACAUAGUUGUUCAGGUCUUUGUUGAUCUAUAGAUUAAUGACACACUCAAGUGUUAGUUCAGCAUCCAGUUUUCGCAAAACAUUCCAUAGCUUGCCUGCCGGGGAGUGCCAGUCGGUAAAAUGGUAAUCUGUGGAUCCCA